AUGGAUCACGUAUUUGGGGAAUUGCCUGGUGUUCACGUGAUCGUUGAUGACAUACUUGUGUCGGGAUCAACGAGAGAAGACCACGACGAGAGGCUACGUGCAGCUUUGACAGCCGAAAGACGGAACGGGGCAAAGUUUAAUCCAAAGAAGAUUCAGAAAUGUUCAAGUAAAGAUAAAUCCUUUGAUGGCCUGAAACCAACGCAGAUGGCCUGA